AUGAAAGCUCUCAAGGAGAUGAUGGAAACGACAGAAGGCUGGGUUAAUUUGCUUUCAGAUGUCUGGCAAAACAUCAGUAAGGACCAUUUGCUGGGAUGCCAGUUGUCGUUGUUUUGCGUGCUUCUCACGUAUGGGCUCCUACCGGCUGGAGAUGAAAACCACGGCAUCGCUAUUUUCAAACGACUGGAGCAAGUACUGGAGCAAACGCAAGAAGAAAACUGGCGCAUUGGUGCAAUCAUCACCGACAACGCUGGGCAGUGCGGCCGCGCACGUCGAAUAUUAGGGCUUCGCCGGCCUAACAUUGUUUUUUUUAUUUUGUUUCGCGCACGACUUGAACAAUUUGGUCAAAGCACAACAGCAGUCAAUGUUUUGAAUGCUGCAUCUAGCAAAUGGCAACCACGUACACGACAGAUGAUGAAGAAAUGUUACGGGAAAGCGCUGGGACUUCGUACACUUUCUCUGCAAAUGUUCUAUCGUCGUUACCAAAGCUACACCGACUUCCCGACCCGGUUGCAAGCCUUCGGCGAUCCUCUGUUUUGGGAUGCGCUUAAAGAAGCCGAAGCUAUAAUUGCACCACUAUCGUACGCGUCCUAUCGGCUACAGCGCGAUGAGAAUACGCUUGGUGACGUUGUUUUGUCAUUUCGCGAUAUCCGCAGAGAAUUUCAGAAGCAUCUUCAACCCUUGUUCAUGUUGGGUUUUGCAUUACACCUGCUGUAUGCUGAAACCGCGCGAGAACUUCCCAAUACUGCUGUGUCUGGAAUUGGAUCAUUGGGCAAGGCAGUCAUACCGACUUACAAGACAGAAGGCUAG